CUGUGUCUCUUUCCCCGCAGACAUAGACCCAGCCAUGGUGGGCCCAGGCAGCGUGUGGCCGUGGACCAGGUGUAUGCUCAGAGCAGCGGCGUUUGUGGGCCUCCUGGCUUUCCUCUCCCUGCAUGCAGCAUCCGCCCAGUCCCAUCAGCAUUCCCAUGCUCCGCCACCGCAGGGCCAGCACUGGAAGAAGGAGGCCCCCACGGAUGUGCUGAGCCAGAUGGGCCGCGCCAUACGGGGCACGCUGGAUGACUGGGUGGGCCCGGAGAACAUGCACCUGGUGACUGAGACCCUGACGCAGGUCAUGUGGGCCGUGUCCUCCGCCAUCUCUGUGGCCUUCUUUGCCUUGUCUGGGAUCUCCGCCCAGCUGCUGAAUGCCUUGGGACUGGAUGGAGACCACCUGACCGAGGACCUGAAGCUCAGCCCUGCGCAGGUGCAGACCUUCCUGCUGUGGGGAGCGGGGGCCUUGGUGGCCUACUGGGUUCUUUCCCUGCUUCUCGGCCUGGUCUUGGCCCUGGUGGGCCGGAUCCUCUGGGGCCUGAAGCUCGUCCUCUUCCUGGCUGCCUUCGUGGCCCUGGUGCGGUCCGUGCCCGACCCGUCCAUGCGGGCUCUGUUUCUCCUGGCCUUGCUGACACUCUACGCCUUGCUGAGCCGCCUCACGGGCACUCGGGCCUCGGGGGCCCAGCUGGAGGCCAAGGUGCGAGGGCUGGAGCGCCAGGUAGAAGAGCUGCGUUGGCGACAACGGCGAGCUGCCAAGGGGCCCCGGGGUGUAGAAGAGGAGUGAGGAGGCCCUGCCACUGUCUUCGUCAGAUCCAAAGAGCUCAGCUGCUGCUUGUGGGUUGCGUGGCCUCUUCCAGGCACCCACUGCCCUUGCCUUGCCUUGCCUUGCCCUUCCCUGCCCUGCCCUCCCCUGCCCUGCCCUCCCCUGCCCGAAGGCUUCCCUGCUUGCAUCUCUGCACCCUCCAGCCCCCUAUGCCUCCCAGAGCUAAGCCUGAGCAAAAGGAAGCCCCUUCCCCAUGCCAGUCUUGAGGUUCUCUGUCCGGGGCUGGUACUCUAACACUUUCUUCAGCCCUUCAGCUCCGGCUUCUGCAUCUCCCCCUAUACUCCCAGCCAGCCCGCCUCGGCCGCCACUGCCUUGCCUUCCUCCUAACGCUCUCACUCUCCCAGCUUCGAACUUCUCCUUUGCCAAACUCCUCAGCUCCAUCGUCUGGGUCUGCCAGUUGGGGCUCUCCACUGGUCCCCCUUUGAAGGCUGGACCACCUCCCAUGUGUUGAGGGAAUGGGGAAGGAGGUUCCCAGGCCAUCCAGGAAGUCUGUUACAAGUGCCUUAAUCGCCCAGGCCAGCCGGCCGCAGGGCCUCCACUUGCCUGUACUGUAGGAUGUCGCGGCUACUCGAAACAGGACAAGACGCCACCCCCUUUGCACAAGCAAAGGGCCAUAGAGGCCUCACAGGGUCUGCCCUGGUCAUCACCCACCUGGGAGGGGAAGUUCAGAAGAAGGGGUAUCCCAGGAGCACUUGCCCUCGGGGUCCCACUCAUUGGGGAUCCAGCACCACCCUAAUUCUGGGUGGCAUCCCCUACCAGAGCAGACCAGGGUGUGCCCGCGUGCCUAGACAGCCCUGUGAGGCAGGCAGGUGUCUUCCCUUCACCCCAGGGUAAAGAAAUGAAGCCGGGCCCUUCUGUCACCUUGGUUUGAUGUGGACACACAGCCGCAAUGAUAUAUAUAUAUAUAUAUUUUUAUCAGCGCUUGGUUUGGUUUUAACGAAAUAAAGUGCACGCUGUUUUA